AUGUCAUUGCACCAGAAAUUUCGAAGAUGCAAGUACUUCAAGAGCGACGGAACUCCAAUCGAUAUCGGAUGUCCACGUCGUGCCAGCCUCUGCAAGUUUGCGCAUCCAUCUGACCCCGACUGGGAUAGACUCAAAGUCCCAGAUUCGGCCGGGUGGAAGGAGGAACAGCGUAGCUCGUCUUUUUACCGCGACCGGGACAGAGGGAGACGAAGGUCCCCAUCCCCACCACCCUCACAUCGUGCACGGGAACGGGAAAGGGAAAGGGAACGGGGACGACGGGAUAGCGUUGCGUCGACGAGUCAUAGCGAUACUCGAUCUCUCUCUCACGAUAGACGAGGCACCACCACCACGAUGAAUGUCGAUCGACACCUCUUUCUGGAAUCCGAGCAAGAUAUAAAGCCAAUCAUAUCAAAAUCGGGUUCUGUCAUGGAUUCUCAUUCUGCAAUACAAAGACCUGUGUUAAGGCCCAUUGUGACGACGGCUCCCGCCAACCCUGAGCAUCCUUCUUCUUCAAGUACUACUGCGGUGCACUCUGCGACUUACGUCCCAAACACCCCUUCCUCGUCCAAUAUCCCAACUGCUAUGCCCCCGCCGGACGACGCACCUGUUCCACCGCCACCACCACUCCCUGUUCUUCCAGAGUUGACCACGAUGGUAGAAUCACCAGAGCCUUUAGACGCUGAAUCUCAAGCGAAAGUCGACGUUUGGGAGACCAGAAUAAAACGUCUAGUAGACUCGGCCCUAGCCCAAGAAUCCGUCCUCCAAGCCGACGAAAACCUCUCACAAGCACUCUCAAUAACCCAAUCAACCUACUUCCCCUCCCUCGCCCCCGACGUCCAACUCCGCGCGCAAGCCGAGAUCACGGACCUCCAAUCUCGCAGGGACGACCUGCAAAAAGCCGUCGAUGCCUCGAUCGAAAAGUUGGUAGGGAGUGAUUGUUGGCCUCCUUUAGAUCGUCAUGACGAUAAAGACAAAGACAAAGAGGAGAGGGAUAAAGCGGGGUACGAUGAAGUGAAGAAAUACGUUGAGGAGUUGAAGAGCAUUACAGCGGAGAUGAGUAGAGUGUUGGGUGACAUGUCCGGGUUGGGGUUGAAGCCUCCCCCCAUGACGGUCCUACACGAUGCGGAACGCGACCAGCGGGAGUUUGGGUUUGGUUUUGGUGGUGUGCCUAUGGAUGUCGAUGACGCGCCGCCGCCCCCUAUUCGUGUUGGUGUGCCGAACCAUGAAGAGUUGGAGUAUGUGCUUGAUCGCGUUGUGGAUCUUGAAGAGACGCUUUCGAAUAUCCGGAAUGACCUUGAUGCGCGGUAUGAUGAGUUUGAAGAGAGGAUGGAGGAGUUUCGUGGUGCUGUUGAGGAGGCGGUGGAAGGUGUUGGUGGUGGUGAGGAGGAAGAGGAGAAAGACGAACCUGCUGCUCAGGAGAAUCCCAAUGCGGAGGACGGUGAAGUCGACGGUAACGAUACUAGGACGACCACGAAGCGGAUCCGAGCGGACCUUGACAAGCUUAUUGAGGAUAAUGAUAUUGCGGGGAAGGAUAUUGGCGAAUUGUCGGGGUAUAUUACUGAGCAGAUCCAGCAGGAGAGUGCGUUGACUGUGCAGCUUGCGCAGGCGAAGGUGGAUGGUGAGAGGAGUUUGGAGAGGUUUGAGGUGUUCCAAAGACAAUUCACCACAUACACACAAGCCCGCGAAAAAGACACACAAACCCUACGCGUACUAGAAGCAGCCAUGAAAGCAUACACAAACUCAACCACCGUUCCCCCAUCUCCACCUCUAUCUCCUACCCCCACCUCCUUAUCCUUACCCUCUUCCUCUUCCUCCCUCUUCUCCACCUCAUCCCCGUCGUUAACAUCAGAAUACCUCGUUCAAGCACUGCAAGACCCACUAACAGACGUCCUACGCGCAACGGUCAAGCCUUUGAUACAAGAGUUUAGGGAUAGCGUCGAGGUGCUGCUUAAAGACCAGAAUGCGGAGAUGUAUGGGACGAUUUGGGAGAGGAUGAAGGGGGCGUUGAUUUUGCUUAGGACGAUUUCUGAUAAGUUGGAGGUUACGGGGCAGCAGCAGGGGGUUGCAAUUGUUGGACAGGGAUUGGGGCAGGGAUUGGGACAGGGACAGGGACAGGGGAUGGUGGGUGUUGUGUAA